CGAAUUUUCAGAGAGGAUCCCCCGGCGAGCCCCGCGGAGAGGAGGCAGGAGAAACGUCGCGCGGUCUCGCACGCUUCUCGCGUACGCGCCCUCUCGCCCCGUCUCUCUCGCACCAUCCGCCCGCGCGCUCUCUCUCUCGCUCGCUCGCUCGCUCCCUCUCGCUCGCUCGCCCGCUCAGUCGUCGCCAAACGGGUAGCGGUUAUCUUACCUGCGUGCUUCUCCGUCUUCGGCGUGGAGGCCAUCGUUGCCCGGGGGAAAAGGAUUAUAGGCCGCGUGGACACCGAGACGCCGGUAUGGGCAACUCCGCGUUGAAGCGGCACUACGAGACCGCGGAGAAGACCGCGACCCUGAAGCUGUCGCAGUGCAAGCUGGACAAGUUCCCGCGGAAGCUCCACGACCUGGCGCCGACGCUGCGCACCCUGGACCUGUCCGAGAACAGUUUCGUUACGCUGCCGAACGAGAUCGGCGAGUUCGCGCAGCUGCGCCAGCUGAACCUGAACCACAACCGGCUGACCGGGCUGCCCGGCACGCUCGGCGCGCUCGAGAAACUCGAGGGCCUCAACUGCGCCAUGAACCAGAUGAGAUCGAUCCCGUCGUCGGUGGCGAGACUGAGCCACCUGAAGCAGGUCAAUCUGUCCGACAAUCAGAUCUCCGACUUCCCGCUCAUGUUCUGCGGCCUGCGGCACCUGGACGUCCUGGACCUGUCCAAGAAUCGGCUCACGAUCGUGCCGGACGCCGCCGCCGGCCUCCACGUCAUCGAGCUCAAUCUCAACCAGAAUCAGAUCGCCACCAUCUCCGAGAAGCUGGCGGAGUGCCCGCGGCUCAAGACGCUGCGACUGGAGGAGAACUGCCUGCAGCUGAGCUCGGUGCCCCACAAGAUCCUCAAGGAUUCCAAGGUCUCGGUGCUGGCGCUCGAGGGGAAUCUCUUCGAGAUGAAGCAGUUCGCCGACCUGGACGGUUACGACACCUACAUGGAACGCUACACGGCGGUCAAGAAGAAGAUGUUCUAAAGAAGGGUUUUACCCGGAGAAAGAGAAUACCUGAUGUUUGUAUACGUACGAAAUUAUUUCGCGGGUUUGCAGCGAAACUGCCAACGCGACGGAUGGACGGCGUUCGAGAGAUAUUUAAUCGUCAGGCACUCUUGCGUCGUCGAUUUAGAAGAGUAAACGAUCGGCGUACAGAUAUUUGAGAAUAUUUUAAAAUUUAUAUAAGAUUUACAAGGUCCCUGCAGUUUGGAGAGGUUUUCCUUUCGACAUAAGUGUACGGUAAAUCGAAUUUUUUGUGAGAUAUAAAUUAUUACAGCAGCUCCGAGUCUGGACUGUCUGUAUCUAUAAAUAAUCGUGAUUCGGAAAUACACAUCGAUGUCUUUCUCGAUAAACGUUCAUGACCAAAGUAUUAAAUCGCUGAUAUUUCAAGGAUACAACGUGUCUAAAUUGUCCUAUUUAUCGAGAUACUAUUUUGUUGUCUGGCAUAAGUCUGAAUAUCUAUACGCACGAAUAUACACGCUUUAAAAUAUUCCAGUAUAUCGAAUGUCUAAUAGCGAGUUCGAUUGCUUACACUAGUGCGCACUGAGUGCACACUAAGGGCUGUCAAAUUUUAUAUUUAGCUUUGUCUUAAA